GUGCGUCCUUUUCAGCUCUGCAGCUUCGCCAGCUUCGGCAGCUUCGCCAUGGCAAGUCCUGUGAAGGUGGAACGGAGUGCCGCUGCAGCAGAAGCUGUGGAAAAAUAUGGUGGUUACGUGCCCAACUACCGCGCACGUGGGGAGCAGCACUAUCGCUUGCCUUACAAGGACAAGUCAAGGCUCAUCCAUGUGCGGCCGCAUCCGGAAUGGACGAAGGUGCCCCAGCAUCGCACCCAGACGGAGCUUUUUGCCAAACGUCGUGCGGCGCGUGUGCCUGACAUCUCCAUGGACAUCGACGGGGAUGGCGUGGUAGGUCCUACCGACUACUUCGUGGCCAAAACAUUUGGGAAGGACAACCGUCUCACUACACCCGAGAGAGGUCGUGUGGUGGAGGCACUGGAGGAUGGUUUUCUGAACCAAUACGCCUGGGGCUACGACCAGGUUGGAGCGCAACGGAAGAACGUGGUGAAGCAAUUGCGAGGAAAGAUCUUCAAUGGGGACAAUGCGCACGAGUUGAACCACGUCUAUCCACCGCACUUCAACUCACACAAGGUGCCCCGCUUUUGGACGGC